AGCAGCAGCAGCAGCAGCAGCAGGAUGGCCUCCAACACCGCCACCAUGGGGAACCUCCCGAGAGGGAUCGGAAUAUGUACGACCAUCCCCGACAUCCUCUACCUGCCGGAGCUGAUCUUCGGUGGUCUGGUGUGGAUCCUGGUGGCAGUCACUCUGGUGGUGCCAGCGAACCCUCAGGGCUGGGUCAUGUUCGUCUCCGUUUUCUGCUUCAUCAUGACUUUUAUCUGGAUGGUGGUGUUUGCCUGCGGGGGGCAUCACAACAAAGGCAGCUGGGCUGCAGCAGACUUUGCGUACCACGGCAUCGCUGCCUUCUUCUACCUCAGUGCUUCAGUGGCUUUGGCCAAAGUGACCCUGGAGAUGAAAGAUGGGACCAACUUCCGAAACUACCAGCUGGACAUCUCUGCUGUGGUCUUCUCGUACGUGACCACUCUCCUCUACUUCAUCCACACCAUCCUGUCUGCCAUCCGGUGGAAAUCUUUCUAAAGGUUUCUGAACCAGAACAGGACUGAUUUUAUUCUUUAAGCUUAGAUCUGUGGACGCUGACAUGAAGGGAGGGCUGAGGGAAGAAGGAGCGUCCGGCUUUCUGAAGCAGGAUUCAGCCGACCCACAUGGUUUGUGAAACAGAGCUGCUCCAUCUGGUCUGUUAAGAUCCACAGAAAUGUCCAGAUACUGCGGAGCCUCAUGUGUUCACUCUGAUACUGCUCAUGUUUUUCCUCUGAUGAAAUGUUUUAAUUUGUGUUUGGUUAUUCUCUCAGCUGAUGAAAGAAAGCGUCUGAUCUGGCUGCUUUUAUACUUUUAUAAGUUUCUAUAGAAAAAAAACUGAACCAGGAUGUAAACUGUUAGAACUGACUGCUUCAUUUUUGUAAAACUAAUGAAUUCAUUGAAAAUGAAUAAAUGUGUUUGCUUUGAAACGUACGAGACAAACGUGU